AUGUUGGAAGCAAGACUCCGGGAAGCCGUCCUGCUCAAAAAGGUCCUCGAUGCCGUCCGCGAGCUCAUUACCGAUGCAAACUUCGAGUGCAGCGAAGAUGGCAUCCGCCUGCAAGCCAUGGACAACUCGCACGUCGCCCUCUCGGCCAUCGAGCUCCGCACCGACGCCUUUGAAGACUUCCGAUGCGACCGACCCAUGAGCAUCGGCGUCUCUCUUGCCAGCCUGGGCAAGAUCCUCAAGGGCGCCAACAAUGAAGACAUUCUCUCGCUCAAAAAGAGCGACGAUGGCGACACCCUCCAGAUGACCUUCGAGAGCCCCAAGAGCGACCGCGUGGGCGAGUUCGAGAUGAAGCUGAUGGACAUCGACAGCGAGCAUCUCGGCAUCCCCGACACCCAGUACGACGCCGUCGUCAAGAUGUCGUCGAGCGAGUUUAGCCGCAUCUGCCGCGACCUCUCCAACAUUGGCGAGUCGGUCAAGAUCGAGGUGUCCAAGGAGGGCGUCUCGUUUUCCGCCGAGGGCGAGAUUGGGCAGGCGCGCAUGACGCUCAAGCAGGGCUCGGGCACCGCCGUCAGCGCCGACCUCGACGACGACGACGACGAAGAGGACCAGAAGCCCGCCAAGAAGAAGAGGAAGGCCGACGGCAGCAGCUCGAGCGCCGGCGGCGUCGUCCCCGUUCGCAUCGAGAUGCAGCAGAGCGUCAACCUCACCUUUUCGCUCAAGUACCUUUCCAACUUUGCAAAGGCCGCACCCCUCGCCGACGAAGUGCAGCUCCACAUGAGCAACGAGGUGCCCCUGCUGUGCGAGUUCGGCUUCGAAAACGGCUACGUGCGCUUCUACCUCGCGCCAAAGCUGUCCGAGGACGACGACUGA